AUGGGUACCGAAUCCGCAUUGGUAACUCCAAGGAGGGUAGCCAAUUCAUCCACUACCACUGCUACCAAGGCAGAUUUCCCAGAACAGGGACCAAAAAUAAGUUCGCAUCAGCUGCCCAUUCAAACUCAAUGCACAAUGCCUACCCCACCAAGAUGCCUGGCUACUUAUCCACACGCACGUUGGGCACAACCACCCCCCAAUCCCAAAAUUAAACCACAAAAGCCAAGGAAGGCUGCUACCGCAAAGAACAGUACCGACAUCAAACACACCAAGACUACUUUCAUCCCCCUCAAACAUGUUGAGACCUCACCAUCCUUCAACAUCCAAUUUAACCAGCCUUUGACAAGGCCAGAUGUCACUGGUACACAUUCAACGGUCUCCAGCAUCACAACCAACACCAUUGACUCAAUGAUCGCCAAUAUACCUAGACGUCCACACGCCAUGUCACCAGGCCGUCAACACAAAGCUUUAACUUUGACUGAUGCAAUCUUGAGCGACCUAGACAGCCUUCCCACAGGGCCACAUGUACCCACAAUCACCAAUCCUGAAAUUCCAAACCUUCCCACCUUGUUCACAUGUGAACAACAAGUAUCUGCCAACAUUUACCACGCACAUUUCGAAGCCAUCCCUCACAUAGCCCUUGUGACCAGCGACAAACCAGUUCAAUCACCAGAUGGAUUGUAUGCAUCAGUCUUGAUGCAGACAUAUGAACUUGCAGCUUGA